AUGGAGCAGCAGCUUGAUGCCGACGAGCUCUUCGGCCCCGAAUACUCCGACGAAGACAUUGUGGUCGAGGGCCCAGGGACCCAUGACGACCAGAACGAGGCUGCCUCCAUACUGGAUGCCCUGGGCGUUCAGGUCCGCGAUGCCAGGGACGUGGAGAGCCGCGUGGUCGACAGCUGCGACGCCAAGCUUCAGUUGCCAUCCAAGAUGGCCGAACUGACAAGGGUCGACCGGCAGAUCGAGGGCCUCUUGCUAAGCAAGAAGGAGGCGCCCAUUCCCGCACUCCAGGAAGCGCUGGAGAGCAGGGAGGCCCUGCAAAAGGAGGUGAUGGACCUGGAGGAGCGGGUGGCCAGCGCCACGGUCUCCGAGGGCCCGAAGCGAAAGUGGAAGCUCAAGUCGCUGUCCAGCAGCCUGGACAUCCUGGACCUCGAGGAGCAGUCCAAGCUCGAGGAGGCGGUGGCCGCAGCCUACGCUGCAGUCGAGCGUGUGGGGCGAUCCUCCUCUUCUAGCUCCGGACUUCAUAGGGCCACCUCCAGCGAAGGAAAGCCACGCAGUGCCGUGCCUGAAGCGAAGCGAAAGUUGGAGAGCCAAGUUCAGCUUGCCAGGGUCUCUUUGGCCAGGACAAAGCCCCAGGUCAAGCUUCCGCUGACUGACACGGCGCCCCAAGCCCGUGCGAGCACAGUCCCAGAGUCCUUUUGGGAUGAUGAGGGUCAUGUUGAGGAGACCACGGCAAAGGCAAGGAUCGAGCCAGCGUCCUCAUCAUCCCUCCCGACCAGCAAUAUUGAUGUCAAUCGCUUGAGGCCCCGCGUCGCACAGGUACAAAGUAUCUGGAAGGAGAACAACCCAGCAGAGUGGCGAGCGAUGCAGCAGCAAGGGGAGUUAGUCUCUCCUCAGGAGAACCUCCUGCGGAAGCGUAUGCCGGGGGCAAAGCGGCGUCAUGAAGCCCUACCUGCGGCAUCCGCCGACGCGAAGAAAGCCCGCCGGGACGAUGUGAACGAGAGUGUUUAUCAAAGGAGGCAGAAAAGGUGGAACCCCAGCAACACUGCUUCGGCUUCCUUGGUGCCAAAGCAGCAGGUGGACGAGAAUGGGGUGCCCGUGUGCAAGCCCGACCCCGAGCGCAAGUCGAGGGCGAACGCGAUGCCGGAAGACAUCCAGGUCUGCGAGGGCCUUCGCUGCCCAAAGUGGCUCUGGCAGGCGCUCUAUCCUUAUCAGCAUCGAUGCGUGCACUGGCUUUGGGGCCUCCAUCGCGACAAGAUGGGGGGCAUCCUGGCAGACGAGAUGGGCCUCGGAAAGACGGUUCAGAUCAUCGCGUACCUGGCGGUGUUGCACCAUUCCGGAGUCCUACAGAACAUGAAGGUGCAGAAUACAUCCCUCGGAGCCGCCAGCCCUCCCAGCACUGGUGGCAUCCUCAUCGUGUGUCCUGCGACGCUCAUCAGCCAGUGGCGAAACGAGAUUCACCUCUGGUAUCCGCCACUCCGCGUGUGCGUCAUGCACCAGCUGAAUGAUGAAGACAGGAAGGAGUCCAUCAAGCAGGCCUCCUCAAACCAGGGAGUGCUCAUCACCUCGUAUGAGACCAUGAGGAUCGCGAUCGAUGCUUUGCUCGAGGCAACGUGGGUCUUGGUUAUCCUUGAUGAAGGCCAGAAAAUCCGAAACCCACAUGCGAGUUGCACCAUCGCCUGCAAAAGGUUUAGCACUGCGCACCGGAUACUGCUCUCUGGCUCUCCGAUCCAGAACAACCUCCAAGAGUUGUGGUCACUCUUUGACUUCGUGUGCCCUGGCCGCUUGGGCACCCUCCCCGUGUUCACGGAAGAGUUUGCGCAACCCAUCGAGAAUGGGAACUUGAUGGGCGCCACGGAGGUGAAGAUCGCGGCGGCCUACCAGUGCGCCUUGGCGCUCCGGGAGCUGACCGAGCCCUGCAUCCUCCGGCGGACGAAGGCUGAGUGCAUGGAUGUGCUGAACUUGCCCACGAAGCAGGAGCAGGUGCUCUUCUGCCAUCUGACUGCAGAGCAGUACCACCUCUACGUCCAGUUUCUUGAGACGGAGCAGGCGCGGCGGGCGAAGUCGGUCACCACAGACCGCAAAGCGCUCGGCGCAGUCUUCUUCGCCCUGAGCGUCCUUCGCAAGCUGUGCAACCACCCUGACCUCCUCCUGAACGGCUACGACGGGGAGGACAAGCCUGCUGGCGAGUUGUGGGGCUUUGAGAAGUCCGGCAAGAUGAAAGUCCUGGCAGAGAUCCUCAAACUCUGGCACAGGGAUGGGCAUCGGACCCUCAUCUUCGUUCAGACUGUGCAAAUGCUGGAGGUCAUCGAGCUCUGGAUGAGUCGCGUUGGCUACACUCACUCGCGCAUCGACGGCAAGACGCCCGUCAAGCGUCGGCUGAAGCUCAUCGAGGAUUUCAACGAGAACACCGACUUGUUCGCGAUGCUUCUGACCACGCGGGUGGGAGGGGUCGGCCUGAAUAUUAUCGGAGCCGAUCGGGUCCUCAUCUUCGACCCAGACUGGAACCCGAUGACUGACGUACAGGCACGCGAACGUGCAUGGCGCAUUGGCCAGAAGAAGGAGGUGUCCGUCUACAGGUUGGUUCUCACCGGCACCGUGGAAGAGAAGAUCUACCACCGCCAGGUCUACAAGCAUUUUCUUGCGCAGAAAGUUCUGCAAGACCCCCGGCAGAGGCGCUUCUUCAAGUGGAACGACAUCUCGGACUUAUUUGAGAUCCCGCCCCCACCGCCGAACGUCACAAAGAUGGACAUGAUGGCCCUCAAGCAGAAGUACCGGGCAGCUUUCAGCCGCCUCGACAAGCUUGGGGAGACGGGGGAGUUCGAGGUCGAAACAACCGAGAUCAUGAAGGCCGUGUCCGAUCUGCCCAUGAAAGAGCAGCACAACACCAGCAAGACCACCAAGGAUGAGAGCAACGCCAUCUUGCAGACCUUGUACGAUGCGCAAGGCAUCAAAGCAAGCUUCAACCAUGAUAAAGUUGAGCAAACGCUGCUGGACAGGAAGCUCGUGGGGCAGAGUGCGAAUCUCGUUGCCCAACGCGCUCUCGAUGCCCUCAAGCGUUCCUCACGUGAGCGCUCGGCUCACCACAUCAGCGAGCCCACGUGGACUGGGCAGCGAGGCCGUGCAGGAGCCCAGGUGAAGCAGGAGCGGGAAGAGAAGCUCAAAGUCUCCAAGGUGCCCGCCAGCUCCCGCACCGCUUCGGCGGACAUCCUCCAGGGACUGCGACAGCUGGCGGCCAUCCGAGGCAUGGCACAGGGCGACUCGCGCCGGGAACCACGAAAGAGUGAGACGGGCGCUGAGGUUCCGAAGGUUGCAGAGGAGUCGAACUGUGUUGGCUUGCCCCUGGAACUCUUUGACUCCGACCGGAGCAUUGCGGAGGACAUCCUAAAGGUCUUUCAGGAUAAGAGUGUGGCAGGGCCGGGGCAUUCUCUGACAACCGGACAGGUGCUGGAGAAGCUGGCUGUCAAGAUCGCCUCGCACCACAACGACCUCUUCAAGUCCUUGCUGAAGCAGAUGUGCGUCCUUACCAGGUCGCAAUCAGGGAACAGUCCCGGAUACUGGACCCUUCGCAAAGAGUUCUGGCCGCGAAGAUGA